AUGCCAAAACACGAGGCUUUAACACCAAAAGCUAUAGCUAAUAGAAUUAAGGCUAAAGGUCUUCAAAAAUUAAAAUGGUACUGUCAAAUGUGUCAAAAACAAUGUAGAGAUGAAAAUGGUUAUCAGUGUCAUAUUCGUUCUGAAUCACAUCUUCGUCAAAUGGAUCUGUUAAAAGAGUCUCCUACGACAUAUAUGCAAGGAUAUUCUAAAACAUUUUUAGAUGAUUUUAUUAAAUUACUUUCUAGAAGAUGGGGCACUAAAAGAGUUUAUGCAAACCUUGUUUAUCAAGAAUAUAUUUCAGAUAGACAUCAUGUGCACAUGAAUGGUACCAUGUGGGAAACUUUAACAGAUUUUGUUAUAUACCUUGGAAAAGAGGGGAUUUGUACAGUUGAUGAAACACCCAAAGGUUGGUUUAUUAGUUGGGAGGCAAUUUUGAAAAAAGAACGAGCAGAAAAAAGUGAAGAAGAAAGGACACGAAAAUUAAUUGAAGAACAAAUCGAACGAGCACAUAAAAAGGUUAAAGUAGAUGUAGACGAAGAGAAAAACUUCACUGAGCUUAAACGUGAAAAUGAACAAGAAAAAAUUAAAUUAAAUAUUUCACUUAAACCAAAACCUGAUAUUUCGAAAUUAAAAUCAAAUCAACUUCUAAAAAUUAAGAAGAUGUAG